AUGGUCUCUCCGACAAGAUCCCUGCUGCUCGCGCUUUUGACGCUGAGUGGUCUGGAUAUCACCGCAGCCGAGAGCGCAACCGAGGCGCAAGACUUGCGGGCUCGGCACUACCUUGAGGGUCGCGCAGUGAGCUCGUCCGCGACCGCGUCCCCAGCUACCACCUCUGCCACAUCAACGGUGGAGACGAGCGUCGCUAGCUCGACGACAGAUGCGGCAGAUUCCAGCACCGUAUCUGUUGAAGGCGCCCCUGUGGUGGUGGUUGUGCCAGUAACCCUCUCAGUGGACGCGUACGGCGUAACGCACACCAUCGUCGGUACGCAACCGUAUAUCCCUGGGGCUUCAACGAGCUAUAGUGCGACAGCAAAGACUGCGGAGAAGGCGUCUCCCCCGCCAGUUGUUCCUGCAUCAGCUACCACGACUGCUAGCGUCAGCACAACAAGCUCGACUACCGCAAGUGAGACCACUACGUCCCAAUCUGCGGUGCGAGCCGACACCACCAGCCCUGUCGCAUCAGCUACAUCGGAGUCUGCCGCGAAGGUCGACACUACCACGUCUGAGAAGUCAUCCACUUCGAAAUCCGCCGCGAAGGUCGACACUACCACGUCUGAGAAGUCAUCCACUUCGAAAUCCGCCGUGAAGGUAGACACAACCACGCCUGUCAAGUCAUCUACAUCCGAGUCCGCCGUCAAAGUGGACACCACAACUUCCGACAAGCCAUCCUCUACGUCCGAGUCUGCUGCAAAGGUCGAUAGUUCGUCUUCGGCCGUUGCUGCUGCGACUACCACUACCGGCGAUUCCCUUGGCGGCUCGCUUGAGAGCUUUGUAUCAAGCUUGCUCGCGGGCUCCACAACCGCUCCCACCAGCGUUGGUAACAGCGCUGCCACGGCUAGCUCUGCUGUGGUGGUCCCAGAGUCCAGCACCUCUACUCCUGGAAGUUCCGUCGGGAUUAUUGGCGUUCUUUCGAGUCAGACUUCUUCCACCGAGAGCUCUGCCAGCGAGAGUUCUACGGCAUCUCCCUCAGCUACCUCAGCUGUUCAGACUCCUGCAUCUCAGAGUUCUGCCACUUCUACCCCCGCUGCAAGCUCUGUGGGGAUUAUCGGCGUUAUCUCGAGCCAGAGCUCUGCAACUGAGAGCUCUACCGCUGAGGGUUCUACGGUGUCUCCCUCUGCUACCCAUAGCUCGGCUGUCCAAAGUACUGGUUCCCAGAGUUCUGCCACCUCGACUCCUGCCGCAAGCUCUGCUGGUGUUGUUGGCCUUCUCUCCAGCCAAAGUUCUACCGAGACAUCUACUAGAAGCUCAACUGUUUCUCCCUCUACCACUGAGAGCUCGUCUGUCCAGUCUUCCGCUGCCCAGAGUUCCGUCACAUCUACUCCCGUGGCAAGCUCUGCUGGUGUGAUUGGCCUCAUUUCAAGCCAGAGCUCUUCUACCGAGAGCUCUGCCACGGAGAGCUCGACUGCGUCCCCUUCUGCUACUCAGAGCUCAUCUUCUCAGGCUUCUACCAACCCCGUGGCAAGCUCUGGAGUGGUUGGCACUAUUUCGAGCCAGAGUUCUUCAGCCGAGAGCUCUGUUGCUGGAAGCUCAACUGUUGCGCCCUCUACUACCCAGAGCUCCGCAGUCCAGAGCUCUGUUGAGGCCACUGCCACUCAAGCCUCCUCUCUGGCAUCCAACUCUGCUUCUCAGACCGCUUCCAGCCAAGCUUCCACUGCCACCAGCAAUGCUGCUCAGACUACUGAGGCAGCCUCUUCCAAGGCCAUCAUCUCCGCAUCUCAGGACGCCGCCUCUACGACUACUCCUGGCGCAUCGGGUCUGGUGGGUAUCCUGUCGAACCUGUUGUCAGGCACCACUUCUACUGAAGUGCCGUCGUCAGCUACUGCAUCUGGCUCGGCUACUGCACCCGUUCCCACCGCGUCAGGCUCUGUCACUGCCUCUGAAUCUGCCGUUGCCCCCGGUUCGACCGCUUUGGCGGGCUCGACGACUGUUUCCGGCUCGGUGAUUGCUUCCGAAUCCGCCAUCUCUUCUGGUUCCGCGACUGUGUCUGGCUCAGCUCCGGCGGCUGCAUCGACCAUGUCUGGAUCCACCGCUGUUUCGGGCUCGAUCCCUGCUACCGAAUCUGCCUUCCUGUCCGCUUCGGCUGCCCCCUCCAGCUCGGUUCCUGGCUUGGUCAUUUCGUCUGAAUCUGCCGCCUCUGGUGCCGUCACUACGUCUGCUCCUGCUGCCUCUGACUCGGCCACGGCAUCUGCGCCAGUUGUCGUCGCUGGAUCGAGCUCGGUAACUGCCACGAGUGCCAGCGCUUCCGCGGAGCCAGCGCUCCUCAGUUUGAGCAUGAGCUUGCCCACCAUCCCUGUCAGUGUUCCGUUGGUCACUCCCACUUCUUUGUUGGGGUCAUCUGGGAUUCCUAUCCCUGCGCUGCUCAGCACGGCAACGGAUCUGACAUCGGUGGCCUCUGCCGUCCCCACCAGCGGUGCUGUGGGUCUUAGCAGUACCGGCUUGGACCUGACAUCCGGCGCUUCCAUCGUUCCGACCAGCGGUGCUGUGGGCUUGAGUAGCACGGCUCCAGGGGCUACUUCUGAUGCCUCAAGCGUUACAACUGGCCUAGGACCCACUGCCACCACAUCCACGGCCCUCAUCGCUCCCUCCAGUGAAACUCAGAGCUUCGCACCUGGGGCCUCGACCCCUGCUAUCAGUGGCAGUAUCGCUCCCACCAGUGCUGCUAUUGUGCCAACCCUCUCUGACAGUACCUCUGGUGCAGCUUCUACAGCCAUCUCUGCUUCUGAGUCCACAUUCGAGUCGGGAUCUCCAUCUGGAACCGCUUCCGAGUCUGCCACUUCAACUGCUCUGAUCGCCACCAAGACCACGGAAGCUUCGGGUUCCGUCUCUGCGGCCCCGACUGUCGUACCCACUGUUGUUCCGACUGUCGCUCCCUCCGUGUACUCUAGCACCAGCACCAGCACCAGUGCUACGACUCCCUUGACCACUGAGCAGCCAACCACCACCAAGGCUGUUGCUGAGACCACCACUGUGCAGGCCCCCACAUCCAGCACAGCGAACGCGGAUGAUUGGAUGCCAUCCAGCAUUCUCAUUGUCGGAACCACGACUACUACGACUGAGCCCACGGGAACUGUCACCAAAGCUGCCACCACCACGACAGCUGCUGCGCAGCUUCCUGGCUCGAUCUCUCCGGCUGGGGGCAUUCCCAACGAACCCAAGAACUCAACGUUGAUCCAAAUCGGCUUCAAUGGCAAGCUUCGGUACAGCUUCGUGGCCACGACUCCCUUGUCUUCGUCGCAGAUCUUCACGUAUGUUCCCCAGGGUCUUGAGUACGCCCUGUCGGCCAAUGGUAGCGAUGUCGUGAUGUACGACAUUCAGCCGUACGACAACUCGGCCAGCACUGGGUACAUCGCCACUGUCGCUCUGGCUUACAUCCCAUCGGGUGACGUGGACACCCUGUCGCAAAUGCUUCACAACCCGAUUUCCAAACUGUAUGAGCAGCCCAAUCAGACUGUCAAGACAUUGAUGUCGAUGAUCGAUCCCUCGAUUCCCCUGGUUGUUAGCGCCGGAUCCUCGUCUGGUGGCGGCUCAUCUGGGAGCAGCGGAUCCGGCAGCAACAAGGGUAGCGAUGACGGAGGAUAUGAUCAGUCGGAUGCCGGCACGAGCAGCAGCAGCACCACCAAGGCCAGCGCCGUUGGCAUUGGUGUCGGAGCUGUUGCCGGUGCUGCCGCCUAUGGAGCUGGUAUGUUCUGGGUGGCUCGUCGGUAUCGCAAGAAGCGUCAACUGCACCAGCGCAGCCCCUCGGCCGUGGAUCAGAUGAGCGAGGGCCGUGGAUCCGCAGCCCUUGCUGCCGGGGGCCGCAUUUCCCGUGGCAGCCAGAACAGCCGUGGCACUGGUCGGACACAAAUGAUCAGUGCGCCUGUCAUGGCUGAAAAUUCACUUGGAUGGAACUGA